AUGGCCGUCCAAAAAACCCAACAACUGCCGGAAUCCGUCAGGCGGAAUCUGCACAUGUCGCGCCUUCACCAAGGCGUGGGAAUUGACGAGAACGACGAGGAGGAAGUGGCGGCGCGGCGACGCCUGUCCGCCGCCGACGGAUACUGGUUCGGGCUGCGCGCGCCGAAGCUGCGGUCGGGGCCGAGCAUGGCGGCCGUGAACAUGUCGUUCUUCCGGUGGGAGAGCGUGCGCGCGCUGAGCUACGUGGAUUGGCGCACAACCAUGAUGAUCACCCCCAUUCAGCGCCAGUUCCAGUGCGCGAGCUGCUGGGCCAUCACAGCCGUCGAUUCGAUCGCCAUGAUGUGGGCGAUUGCGACGGGCACGCCUGCGACGCCGCUGUCGCCGCAGCAGGUGUGCGACUGCGCGACGAAGCAGUGCUGCCAGGGCGGGUGGCCCGACUGGGCCUUCUCCUACGUGCUCUCCAACAAUGGCGUCACGCAGCUCGGCAACUACCCGUACGUCGCCGCCGACUCCACCACCUGCUACUUCAACGCGACCGAAAUGGCGCCGCUCGCGAAAAUCACGGGGUGGGAGCUGGUCCCGGCGUUCAACCCGCUCGCGCUCAUGAAGGCGGUAACCACGCAGCCCGUGAUCGCGUUCCUUAGCGCCGCGUCCAACGACUUCCGCACGUAUAACAGCCGCGACCAGAUCAAGAUCUACGACGGCAUGUGCACCACAGAGAUUAACCACGCCGUGCUCGUCGUUGGAUAUAACUACACCGGGCCUAGUCUCGUCGGCAGUUACUGGAUCAUCAAGAACUCGUUCUACAACACGUGGGGCGACAAGGGAUAUAUGUACCUCGCCAUGACGCCCGACGUGCGCGGGAAAUGCGGCAUGCUCACCGUGCCGCCCAUGUACCCGGUGCACUACCCCGUCGGGCCGCAGCCCGCGCGCUUCGCGACGAACAUGCGCGGCCGGUGGAAGGUGCGGCGCGUGGACGACCUGUCCGUGGAGCUCUUUAACUCGUCGCUCACUCCCUCGGGAACUAGUAACUCCUCGGCCCAGCUCACGCAGCUCGGGUUCGGCGCCAUGGACCCAUGCGCGGAUGUGAUCAACCCGUGCGGCGCGGGCGUGUGCUACAGCUCGUUCGGCAUGGCGCGCUGCGACUGCUCCGUGAUUCCCGGCAUGGUCGAGGUCGUCGCGUCGCCCACGUCUAAGUGCGUGCCGCGCUACCCCUGCUCCACGCGCACCAGCGGCACCGUGCCCAUCAACCCGUGCGGCGGCGGCACGUGCACGGAUCUCGGCGACGGCUCCUACACCUGCACCUGCUCUCCCGGCUUCGCCAUUGGAGCAGCGGUGGACGGCUCGCCCACGUGCAUGCCCUCCUCGGGCGUGGCGAAGGUCUACACCACAGUCCCCGGCGACACCUGCUCGACGGUGGGAGAUUCAUACAACAUGACGAGCGACAAUCUGAUGUCUCUCAACACGUGGCUUAACUGCACGGCCACGGACUACCUCCCUCCCGGCAUCGCCAUCACCAUCGCACCAAGCCCCAACAUCACCACCACCACCGUCACCACCAGCGCCAGCACCACCACCUCCACCACCACUUCUUCCUCGACGUCCACCUCUUCUACCUCGAACUCGUCGGCCCCUGCGACUGUCACCACGACGGGUGCAGCGAGCACGAGCGUGUGCACGUCCACGUACAACGUGCGUAACAAGGACACGUGCUGGUCGCUCGCGACAACGUAUUUCGGCGGCAGCAUCAACAACCUCCUGGCUAUCAACCCACGCCUCUCGUGCAUCCGGCUGUUCAAAGGGCAGCAAGUGUGCCUCGUCAUGAACACCACGACCAUCACCCCCAUUGCCAACAGCACCGCCUCGCUUGUCCCGCCCGCGCCUAUCCUCAACACCGUCACCACCACCACUACCAACACGGCUGGGUUGGUGUCAGACUCUGAUAUGGAGAACAAGGGGCGGUCUGCGCCUGAGUGUGGGCAGACGUACGUUGCAGCGGUGGGCGAGUCGUGUGAGACGGUGGCGAGCCGCUACAUGAUGUCGGCACGCUCCUUCUCCACGCUGAAUCCCGUGCUGGACUGCAACAAUCCCCUCCCUGUGGGCGCCUCUGUCUGUGUUGCUGCCAAGUCCGCUCAGACGACAGUAAAUUGCACGUCGUGGUACCGCGUGGCACAAGGCGACACAUGCCCCACCAUCUGGAACGCUGCCAACCUCACUCUAUCCAUGUUCACCGCCAUCAACCCUGGCAUCCGGUGCGAGGCGCCGUACCUAGCAGUGGGGCAGAUGGUGUGCAUCGACUCGCCAGUGCUGGUGACCAUGCGCGCCAACCCCAACGUGAGCUACUCGCUUCACACGGUGCGCCAAGGCGAGAACCUCGCAAUCGUCUCCUCAAUCUACAUCUCCCGCUGCACCGCCGCGUCUGUUUCCCCCGAGUCCAUCGCUGCGGUCAAUAAUCUCCCCAACAACGCGACGGCGGAGCUCGAGACCAACAGCACCAUCAUCAUCCCCUGCGUGGGCCGCGCGGGCGUGCUGGACUGCGGCUGCGCCGUGUCACAGACCGUUUGCGGAGCGGACUUCCAAACGUAUCCGUCGUACUGCGAUGCCGUGUGCAACUACGCUGUGCCGAUUCGCGAUACGGCUCCGUGCAGCGGGUGCUAUGCGGCUUGCGCGGGCCGGACUGGAAUUGCGCCAAUUGCAGGGUACGGUUGCUCGUGGGCUGUCUGCCCGUACCCCACGUGGUCGCCCUCGGACACGGAUAGCUCGCAGAUGGUGGGCGACGCCGACGGAAAGCGGUGCGCGUACGUGUCGUCGACGUGCGACAGCGUGUGCACGGCCACGAUGCAGACGCUCGCGGGGACCGCCACGCAGCAGACGACGAAUUACAACAACUGUUACAACCAGUGCAUGUGCUGCUCUCGCAUCCCCUGCGCUGCCAACGCAUGCACUGGUUCCCUGCUGACUCUCCACUGCCUUGAUGAGAGUCUGGAGGGAGUUUGGAGAAGCAUAUGGUGCUGUGUUCCCUUGGUGGGUCCACUUACUCUCCUUGUGGACGAAGCUGCUGCUGCAUCCCGUUGGAGGCUGGCGCAUGAACUGGCCAAUUUGAACGUGCAGAACGUGGCUGACGCGCUGCAAAAGUACAGCAUCAAGAAAACUGCCGUACAAAAAGCCCUGGACGCAGCAGCGGCGCGCGGGGACGUCUCGUUCAAGGACUACGGCAAGCAGCGCAUCUUCAUGGCGCGGCAGGACGUGCUGGAUGUGCCUGACACAGCGGGGCUGGACGCUCUCAAGGCGGGGAACGAGCAGCUCAGGGAGCAGACCAUGCGCCUCCGGGAAGACUGCGCUGCCCGGGAGAAAGAGGUGCUGGCACUGGAGCAGAGCUUGACUGCGGAGGAGAUAGAGCAGCAGAGGCAGAAGAUGGAGGAGGAGAACGCAGCUAUGGAAGCAAAGCUGGAGGCGUUGAGGGAUGGAGGAAACCAUAUCACGUCGUCGCAACGACAGCAGGCAGAGGAGCAGUACCAGCGAUUCAUGGGGCUGUGGCGGAAGCGCAAGAGGCUGUUCAACACAUUCUUCUCCACAGUCACAGACGGCAUGUCUCGCAACCUCAAGGAAUUUCAGGAGGAGCUUGGGGUGGAAACAGACGAGGACAUUGGUGUGAGCAUUCAAGAGUGCAGCAACCUCCAGGCGUCCAUGGCAGGAGGAUCGUCUUCGGCUACCCAAAAGGCUCCCGUGAAGGGGCGUGCAGCAGUCAGUGCCAGCAGUGCGAGCACGAUCGGUUUAAAGAAAGCGAAUGGAGUGCAUGGGUUGGGUGGGAUGGAUGUCGGGAUUCCCAAAGGCAGCGUUACGGUGCAGAAGGGAACCAACAAAGCGCCAGGAAGUGCUUCUAAAGGAGCUAGUGCAGGUGGUGAUGGUGCAGCUGCUGCUGCAGGAGGUGCUGGGGGAACUGUGGGAGGUGGAAGUGGGGGAAGAAAAGGAACGGCUGGAUCCGGGAAACGGGGUGCAGCAGGUGCAGCUCCUGGUGGGGAUGGCGAGAUAAUAGAUGGAGUUGGUGUGGUUGGAGGUGAGGGCGAUCUGGUGGGAGUGUCUUUGCAUGGGGUGGAGGAGGCUGAGCUCACACUUGUCGGCGCGACUGACCUCAUCGACGUGAAAGCGUGGGAAAUAGGAAAACAGGAUCCGUAUGUCGUGGUUGUUUACAACGAGUACGAGUUUCGGACGAAAGUUCACGAAGAUGGGGGAAAAAAUCCCGUUUUCAACGAAACAUUCACCUUCCCCGUGAGCACCAACCCGACAAUUAGCAUAACAAUCUUCCAUGACCGGAAGAAGCACGACGACGUCAUCGGAGUUGGAAAGUUGGCGUUUGGAAGUGCGUUUGCCACCGGAUAUGCGCACGAGAAGCUCCCGCUGUUCACCACUGAGGGCAGGCAGCAAGGCUUCCUCGAGGUUGUCAUGAAGUUUCCAGCAGUGAUAGAGCGGAUUCAGGCACAGUUGGCUGCAGCAGAGGCUGCACGGCGGAUGGAGGAGAUGCGAAUCAGCGAGGCCAAGGCAGCAUACGCGGCGAAGCUGAAAGACGCGCUGAAAUACCGCAAGCAGCAGGCAGCUGCAAAGGCAGAGGCGCAGCAGGAAGUCAUGGACGCGUCUCUGCUCUCCCUCAACAACGCCUUCUCCUACGCCAUGUCGGAUCACUCCUCACAGACUAAUUCUGCCAAGUCUGCGUUCCUGGGUGCCGAGGCUGCCAGUGCUGAGCAGCUCAAGGCUGCUCUGGUUGUGGAUGAGCCGGGGUUUUAUGCCAAGCUGUGCAGGGAGACUGAGGGCGAGGAGGAGUUCAGGCCCGAGAUUGAUGCCUACACUGGGGCUGUUUUUGCAGCAGCGCGCAAGCGGUAUGGUGCAGUAGAGAAGGCGAAGACAGAGUUUCAAACAGCAGUUGAGGAGGCUGUGACGAAAUAUUUCAGCAAGCUGCAGAGCAUCCAGAGUGGGUUUGAGAAGGAGGCAGGGGAGGCGUCCAAGGAGUAUAUGAAAGAAGCUCGGACAAAGAUCUUCUGGAAGGAGGAGGCUCAAGCAGAAGCUGAUGUUGCAGCUUAUAAGCCUCCCCUUUAG